GAUUCUUUAAGUCGUAAACAGUAAAAUUCCGAUAAAGACCACAAAUUGAACGUCAAACAUUCUCGAAAUUUCAAGGAAACAAUCUUAGAAAUACAGAUUCGAAAAAUAGGAAAAGAAACAUGAUGGUGUCAAAUUUUAUCAGCCCCUUACAAGCUGUUCAAUCGAUUUCAAUUUUUACUUAUCUGAACACAUUGAGCGAUUUCCUACUAGCUGGAAAUUUUCUAAAUCCUAUAAAUGAACAUCAACCGAUACCAAUCGUCAAUUCUCUGUUCAAUUACCUUUUGAACGACUAUCAAGAGGAUAGACAUUCAAUAAUUCAUGUCGAAUUUCUAGAAAAUGAUCACUCUCCAAAGAUUAACAACAUUUACAAUUAUUCCACAUUCUGGAAUAGAAAUCGAAAUGAAAUUAUCAAAACAAGAAAAGAAUUCCUAGCUCGUAAAUUAAUUGAGAAUACCGAUUUGUACGGAUCUGAAGAAAAUGAAGCUCUAGACGAAAUAUUCAUUGACGCCCUCUACUCUCACUUGAUUCUAACUCUUGUUUUCGAAAAGUACACAAAUAUUUACGGAUUUCUGAUCGACGUUGUCCGCAAAUCGACGAGUGGGAAAAUAAAUUCUUUGCAUGAACAAAUCUUCAAAAAAUUGUCCAAAGAGAUAUUUCUCACCGAAAAUGGUUACGAAUCAAAAUUGGAGGAUAUGUCAGUGAGGACAAUUAUUCAGGAAUUUAUUUAUCCAUUGCUUCCGAAAGCGAACGAGGAGACAAAUUUAGCGUCGGUUGACUAUAUCUACGGAUCGGCGGGUUCGACUUUUGUGCAUUCGAUCAAAUCGAAGAGAUUUUUAAUGAUGGAUGAAAAUAAUGGAACGAAGAAGGUAAAAGAAGAGGAAGAGUUGUCGAACUAUGUGACGAUUGCACACGCUGUGGAACAAUCUGUAAUUGUUGGUCAAUUGGAAAAAUCCGCCCUCGCCAUCUUUGCGCUUCCGGCUCUUCUUAAUUAUGUCUACAAUCAUAGGGAGGACUUAAGGAAUCGAACAUUGGGAAAUAUUGUUAAUAAUUCAACCCUUGGGUCUGAUGCCUACAAAAUAUUGUUCAGGUACCUAAGUGCAAAAUUCGAUCAAGUUAGAACUGCCGAAAGUAAUGAUUAUAGAUUACAGUUUUAUUUGACGAUGAUGAAUUUUCAAAAUCGGACAAUGUUGGCCAGGGAGAUGAUUAGAAACAACUGUCCAAAUGUCAAGGAAAAGUUUUUGGAACAAGAGGUCCUGAGGUACAAGAAUAGUCCCGAUGAUUAUAGAUGUAAGAGUGGGGAAAAAUUGGAGAAUUUGAAUCGUAUUUACCAGGAUCAGGUUAACAAUGCCGCCACUAAGUAUUUGGUGUAUGAAAAAAAAUCCAUUAGAAAUGCUUUUGGAGAGGAUCUUAUAAAAUCUAUAGAAGCGAAUGAGGUCGAAAUUUCUAAAGGUUUAGUUCACUAUGUCUACGAUGGUUUGAAUGUAUACGAAAAACAGUUGGUUAAAGGAUCUGCAGAUUUGUUCAGAUUUCGGUAUUUGAAGAAUGAAACAUCGGUUUACUAUGCUGUUAUUAGGGAAGAUAACAAUUUGUCGGUGCUGGUUGAGGACGAUGGUGCAACUGGUAAUUGCACUGACAAACCGAUUAGUGAUUCUGUAACAACUACUACGAGUACAGAGUCCGGGAAUUCAGCAACAAGUACUUCUCAACCUUCUGGUUCUGCAUCAUCUAAAAAUUCUACCUUGUCCCUAACUGUGCUUAUACAACAGAUACCAAAAUCCAGCAUAAUCCACUGCAACUCCAAAGACUUUUAUCAAAAAUUGGGUCUUACUCCCGCUCCAAAAUUGCGGGAGAACAAUUUCCUCAACGUAAAGAAGAAAAAAGAGGAAAGUUUUGAUAAAUUUCUAACUCGAAUCUCAGAAGAGAGAGCAACAUUACUUAAUAAAACCCUCGCCGCCGAGGGCUACGACCAAACACGAAAGGAAUGGUGGAAAGAUUUCGGACUAUCCCUAAUUCCAUUCUACACCUGUAGACAUGCAGUUGUCGAGAAAAAAUACGAGGAAGCAGAAUUAUCCUGUCUCAUGGAUGCCAUAACGGCGAUACCAGUCGUCAGAGAAUUCGCCAAUCUUUUCAGUAAGCUUACAACCUCAGUCACUAAAACAGUGAUCCAUUCUGCAGGAACGACAUUUAGUUCCCUAGCCCAGAGGAUGACGGUAAAAGAAGUAUUGCUAAAAUUAGGUCCAGUCAUAGCAACCGAGGUUCAGAAUUUAUCAAGACAGUUCACCAUGGAGACUUUCAAAAAAUUCGGUUUAUCUUUGUUUCGCUACUUGGAUCCGGGUUUUGAAUUCAUUUACACGAUCGGCAAGAGUGGAAUAAGGUCAAUCAUCACUCUAGUCACUGUCAUUAGAAAGUAUAUCUCUUCUCUCGAAUCCAUAAUAAUGGACUUGUUAGCCACCGAGAAUAAAAUUGAAAAUUCGAUCAGAAAAGUGGGGACAAUCUCCAAUUGGGACAUAUUUGUAAAUUCUCUGACCCAAAAAAAUAGCGGUUACGGUUACAAAUUUCUUCAAUUGCCUGACAAACGAACCUUCCAAUUGAGAAGAAUUCAAGAAUACAAUACGAAACUCCCAGUAGUUCUAAUUUCAGAAGAAGAUGAAACCCUAUGCAUGACGUUGAACAUAAAAACCGGCGAAGUGAGGAAAAAAGUAUUUCAUCUAAAAACCGAAAGCUAUCUCUACAAAACUGAAUUUCGCGUUGAAAGUUUUCACAAUUCUCGUUUCUGUAAGGCAUACCGUUUGAAGAGAACUCCAACAACGUUUUCCUGUCUAAGAAAUAUUUUACUCGAAAGAAGAGAAAUAACAGAAGACGCGGCUAUGGAUUUCGUUCAAGAUCAAACGGAACUAACGAAAGACGUUGUACAAAAACAAUUGAGAAACUUUAUAUUUCCCGACGAAGGUGAAUUACAACUCAAAUUUGUCCAGGAUUGGUGGGAAUUAAUUUCGAGCGGUAAUAAAGAGGUACCAAAUUGGAGUAGGGAAUAUCAGAUCGAGAAUGCCGAACUGUUUGAAAGUUUACGAUAUUCCGAUAGAUUGGAUGGCAUAAUAUCAAAAGAGGAUGCAUUCAAGAGAAUUGGAGCACUUGGUUUGGGAGAAAAACAAAAUAAAUACUUUCCCAAUUUAGCCUCUUUCAUGUUGAUACAAACAUUUAACAAAAAUCGUGUUUUUGAAUCUCUCACGUUCGAGGAUUAUGUCGCAUUGCAACAUUACAUGCGUAGUGGAUAUGCGAAGAUUGCAAGUACAACACUUGAGGCAAAAUACAUGAGGGAAGCGAUAUAUCGACUGGCAAUUCGCCAAGGGGAUAAUCCAUUUAAAGAAUGCACUCUAUUUCGUGGAACGACAAAAACACCAGAAGCAGUAGAUCAACUAUUUUUCACGAACAACAAAGAAGUGGUAUUCAAUCGUUUUACGUCGUCAACGUCCAGCAGGGAGGUAGCAAAGAAAUUUCUUCGAGGAAGAGCAGAUCGUAUUAACGUACUCUAUGAGAUGAAGUUUUCAGAACCGUUUUUAAGAGCAAAUUUCGAGGAAAUUAGUUUUUUGAAGGAGUACGAGACUAUUCUUCUUCCUGGUUCUGUAUUUGAUAUUAAAAAAUUGGGGUAUGAAACGAUUGAUGAUGCAGAGACUUUGGUGGUUCAAAUGUCUUUCAAUCAUGAGAAAGUGCCAAAGCAUAAGAGUUUUAAAAAUACUAUGGAGCAGUUGGCAAAAUUGAAGAAGGAUUUUGUCAUAGCUGAUGAAAGUAGUGAUGUUCUGUAGUGAAGAGGUUGUGUGUCAGGAAACUCAGCACCUGGGCUAGGAAGUAUUCCUUUCAACAAUGAACACUUCAUUUUUAUUCCUAACAUUCUAAUUCAUUAGUUUAUUCAAAUAUUUUUUUUACAUAUUACAAAUUUGGCGUCUGUGCUAAAAAAGUAUUAUAUAACGUUAUGUAUUCCUCUUCAGACUUACACUAGACUAUCUUUUGGAUAAUUUCCACCGUAUGAUCUCGUUGUCCUUUUGUUAUACCUAAUUCGUCAACAACUCUCUAAAAAUAAUUUUACAUCUUCUGCUGAUUAUCAGCUGUGGUUACUUUUUAUGAAUUGUGAAUUAAAUUAAUUUUCAUGACCCAGAUAUUAAUUGGAAUUGUUCUAGCAAUAGUUUGAUACCAAUAAAAAAAUUUCGAAACAACUACAACGUGACGCUAAUUGAAGAGGGUACGAAUCCUGCACUAUUUCGGCAAAAAUUAGGCCUCGAAGGUGACAAAGCCAUGGAGACAGAAGAGUUUUCCUGGAUGAAAUUCAACUCUAAAAGGUUCGAACACUUCUUGUCUACACUAGCUCAGCAAAGAGUCACAAUAUUUUGGAGUGACUUAAAGGACUGGGCUCGAGCCAAUGACAGUUCAGUUAAGUUUUAUUCAAAGGAUCACUUUCCAUGCGUAUAAAUAGUAGGCGCAAAAUAGUAUUUUUCUGCACAUGAGUAGCAAAGUACUUGAAAGAAUUCUAAACAGAAGGGGAAACAAUUCUGCAUUUAUUAGGUCUUCAAAAAAUAAAACAUCAAAUGGUGGUCCAGGGGGUCUAUUCUGUAACUUUCCCACUCCCACUUUCCACCCCCAACACCCACUGCCCCCUUCACUUCCCAGAUCCACCUUCCACUCUCACUUCCCACACAAAAGUGGUAGUGGACAGUGAGAGUGGAAGGUAGGAAAUAGGUGUGGAAAGUGGAAGGUGGGCAGUGGUUGUGGGAAGUAAGAGUAAAGUGGAAGGUAGGAAAUGGGUGUGGGAAGUGAGAGUGAAAAGUGGAAGGUAGGAAGUCUCUAUAGCCAAUGAUGUACGUAACGACCAGCAACCCAACUGUAAGAUAAGCAAUUCUGAAGCUAAAGCAAAAAUCCACUGGUAAGCUAAAGCGAGGAACAGUGGGGCAUAUCGUCUAUAGCGCCGAGCGCAAUAAACUGAGGCAUCUCUUUUUUUUUUGGAAGGUAGGAAGUGAGAGUGGGAAGUGAGAGGUAGGUGUGGGAAAGUUACAAAAUCGACCCAUAAACUAUUGCUGCCUAAUUUAUUGUCAAACCAGAAAUUAUAAUUCCCCAAAUUUACUAAAAUCAAAGAAUAAAGUUACCUACAAAAAAAUUAAUAAAAGUCUCUCUCUCUUCUCUUAAUUACCAUUUCCAUCUAAACUAAUUCCAUUCUCUACCAUUCAUGCAAAAUCGUAAAAAGUGACGAGAGGUGUGCGGGAGCUGCAAUUCGGAACGCAGAAUUAUAUGAAUAUUGAAUUGAGUCUGGCUAAGAACUCGCUUGUUAGGAGUCAGCAGAGUGCGAUGAGGGAUAUCAAAAAAUUGAUGGAGACGGAUACGGUGUUCUAUGCUAAGGACUCGUUUAAAUAGGAUCUUUUUAGAUCUGGUGCUGCAGAAAGUUGUGCUCUUACAACUCCUAAAGAUGCUGCAUCAAAUGGUGCUCUAACAUCUCCUAAUAAUGCAGUUCUACAUCUGCUAAGGAUGCUGCAUCGAAAGCUGCUGUUAAAUCUCCUAACAAUUAAUCAGCAACUAGUAAUACAACAUCUAAAAAUAUUACAACAAGUGGAUCUCCAAUUACAGAUCCUACUACAAAUAAUUCAGCAUUAGGUAGUUUCAGAUCUUCCAAAAAUUCCUCAUUAAGUUCAACUACAUCCGUUCAAAAUUCUGUAUCAAUUAAUCCUACAUCUUCCAAACAUUCUAGAAGAAUCAAGAAAACAUCAAGAAAAAACAUCAAACAUCAAGAAGUUUCUAAUCCUAAUCAACUAACUCCUAAUUCCUCAUCGUUUGUAAUUAUC